AUGUUGCCAUUAUAUCAUAUUUACGGGUUUAUUCUUGGUUUAAAUUGUUUAUUUACUGGUUCUACUGGUAUUAUGAUGAAAAAAUUUGAUUUGGAUUUGUAUUGCAGAACUAUUCAAGAAUACAAACUCAAAUAUGCAACAUUAGUUCCUCCAAUACUUGUAUUAUUAGCAAAAAGUCCAAAAUUAAUUUCACGUUAUGAUUUGUCUUCACUUCGUUUUAUAAUGACUGGAGCUGCCCCAGUAGCUGAUGAAAUCUGCACAGAAAUUAAAAAAUUAAUUCCCUCUGUUGCACAAAUAGCCCAAGGUUAUGGAAUGACAGAACAGUCAAUGUGCUCGCAUUUACCCGUUUUUGGAAUGGAUAACCAAAAAGCUGCUGGGAGAUUAAAUCCAAAUUUUGAAAUGAAAAUUGUUGAUAUUGAAAAGGAAAUUACUUUAAAGCUUGGGCAAGUUGGGGAGAUUUGUACUAGAAGUCCAACUAAUAUGCUUGGAUACCUAAACAGACCGGAUGCAACAGCAGAAACUAUUGAUGAAGAUGGGUGGCUAAAAACUGGUGAUAUCGGUUACCACGACGAACAGGGGUGGACUUAUGUUGUUGAUAGACGUAAAGAACUGAUUAAAGUUAAGGGCCUUCAGGUAGAUUCGAUUUGUAUAAAUUUCCUAAAACUUGAGCAACUAAGUUAA